AUGUUCACUAGUUUCACAACGAGGAGAGUUUUUCCAAAAGUGACGAAUACGUCGUGUGCAUAUUUCUCAAAGGAAUCGACGUCUUCAAGUCAGUUAGCCGAAAAGAAAGAAACUGAACUACAGAAUUAUACCGGAAAAUCGAAUUUACUUGAAAAGAAGAAAGUUGGCAUUUUUGGAACGAGUACAGUGCCCAUCAAUACAAAUUUUCCAAAUCCAAAGGGUGUUAUUGGAUACGAUCCCGAUUUUUCGGUGAAAGAGCUAGUAGCUGAACUUCCAAACACAAGAAAAACACAAGGAGCAAAGCUUGCUGAAGAGAUUAAAGAUGUAUUCAAAAGUGUUUCAGUCGAAAAAACUGAACUCUUGGAAGAUAUAGGUUUUGUGAGGCACAAUGAAGCACGUGUUGAAUACAAAUUUGACACGAGAGAGAAGCUUGAUUUGUGGAAAAUCGGCUGUGAUAGUGAUUGGAAAGAAGGCUUCUCAACGUGUUCACUCGUAAACUCCGAUCGUGGAACUGCAAUUUUUAGCGGGAACAUUUCGACUAAAGUUCUGAAAGACGGAAGAGUCGAACGAGCAGGAUGGGCGUCUAUGAAAUUAGAAGACAGAAAAGCAUUCAACAGGAAAAAGUUCCUAUCAAAAUGGAGAAACUUUUCGCAUCUCCUCUUGAAGGUUCGCGGAGAUGGUCGAAGCUAUAAAAUAAUGUUGCAUUCACCACUGUCAAUGGAUUUCACGUGGGGUGAUUCCUUCUCCCACCCGCUGCACACUCAUGGUGGUCCUUAUUGGCAAUAUGAAAAAAUUCCAUUCUCCAAGUUCUUCCAUACCGUGGCUGGGCGUAUUCAGGAUAGGCAAUACCGAGUGAAUUUAGAAGACACAAGUUCAAUUGGAAUUGUACUCAUGGAUCGUAUUGACGGUGAUUUCCGGCUCGAAGUUGACUAUAUCGGUGUUUACAACGAUACUACGCAUGUAGAAGAUUUCGCAUAUGAAACCUAUACACUGCCGGUUUUCAACACUCACGGAUUCUAA